CCCUGGAGUCUGACGACCUCGUUUCCCUGCUGUCUCGCCUCUCUUUCGGUUCUCACGGCGACGACUGGGCGAGCGCCGCCUCCCCUCCCUCGCUCCGUGAGGUCCUCGCCGGCGACGAGUGCCGCCGCCCGUUUCCAUGUUUUUUCCGCCGAUUAGUGUCCACCAGAUCUAGUGAAGGCUGGUAACUUGACGCAAGGUGUUCAAGAAAUUUAAGCCACACACUCUUCAUCAUAGGCCCAGGCAAUAUUUGUGUUAAUCUCAGGGACCUCCAGUAGAUUGCUGAGAGUUAUCCUUGAUACAGGGGAAUAUAGACACAGAAUUUUUUGAACAUUGAUCUGUAGCCAGUGCUGCAAUGGCUACAAAGCUUGUGGUUCUCGGUAUCCCCUGGGAUGUUGACACUGAAGGGUUACGAGAGUACAUGGCCAAGUUUGGACCCCUAGAUGAUUGUGUCGUCAUGAAGGAGCGGUCUUCUGGGCGAUCUCGUGGGUUUGGCUAUGUAACAUUCGCAUCAGCCGACGAUGCAAAGAAUGUUCUUGAUUGCGAGCAUGUUCUUGGGAGCCGUACAUUAGAAGUGAAGAUAGCUACUCCAAAGGAAGAAAUGAAAUCACAAGGAACAAAGAAAGCUACAAGGAUAUUUGUUGCUCGAAUUCCACAGUCAGUGGACGAGUCGAUGUUUCGUAGGCAUUUUGAAGCUUUUGGAGAAAUUCUUGAUCUUUACAUGCCAAAGGAACAUGGUUCAAAGGGGCAUCGUGGAAUUGGGUUUAUCACGUUUCAGAGUGCAGAGUCUGUGGACAGCAUCAUGCAAGAGUCACAUGAGCUUGAUGGCACAACAGUAGUUGUUGAUCGCGCGACUCCGAAGGAGGAAGAUGUAAGAUACCCCCCGAGUAGACCAUCUCAGGGUGGCUAUGGUGCAUAUAACGCUUACAUUUCAGCUGCUACCAGGUAUGCAACUUUGGGUGCACCAACACUGUAUGAUCAUCCUGGAUCAGCCUAUGGAAGAGGGUACUAUGGAUCCUCUCAAGCAGUGGGCAAGAAGAUAUUUGUUGGUAGACUUCCACAAGAAGCAAACACGGAUGACCUAAGACAUUACUUUGGCAGAUUUGGUCGAAUCGUAGAUGCGUAUAUUCCAAAGGACCCCAAAAGAAGUGGCCACCGAGGUUUUGGGUUUGUCACCUUCGCUGAUGAGGGUGUGGCAGAACGGGUAUCUCGUAGAAGCCAUGAAAUUCUGGGCCAUGAGGUUGCAAUAGACACAGCUGCACCACUUGAGAAUGAUUCAGCUGGUGGUGGUUACAUUGAUCCCAUGGACCUUUACGGAGCUUAUGGUUCAAUGAGAUCUUUUGGCAGGUUCUGCGGUGGUCUAGAUUAUAAUUACGGCUAUGGCCCCAGCAGCGGAAGCAGCAGAUCAAGGUCGGAUUGGCGAUACCGACCUUACUGAACGUGUUUUAGUUUACCUCUAGGGAAGGAAACUGAGGAGAUGGAGAAAAGAAUUACCUGUCUAAGAAUGCUAAGUGAGGGGGGUACCUUACGCGUGGAAUCUAUCAUUUUGUUUCAUGUUGUGAUUUUGGAUUUGUCGUGAUUCACAUUAUUGACAAGAUGAAGGCAGUCCUUGUAGUUACUGUAUGGAAGUGCUGUAUGUGUAAUAAAAAAGUAUCAUUUGC